GUCACUUUCAAUUCAGCAAACAUGUCAUAGUCGUAGUCAAUUUCCCAAUUCUUUUACUCCCACCUCAGAUUUUUCUCUGUCUUCUUCUCCUUCAGCUCGCACCCGCCGGAAAAUGGAGCGCCACCGCCGCUGCCGCUGGAGUCUGCUUCUCUUCUACCUCCUUCUUGCGCUUCAGUGUGUGCCUCUGAUUUUCUGUCUUAAUGAAGAAGGAUUGUAUCUGCUGCGAGCCAAAAGGGGAUUCGACGACCCAAAUGCGGUGCUGUCGAACUGGAACCCUAGCGACCAGACGCCGUGCAAAUGGAAUGGCGUCGUGUGCGAUUCCGCCACCGGAUCGGUCGUCUCCGUGGACCUCUCCAGCUCCAAUCUGUCUGGCCCCUUCCCGUCCAUUCUCUGUCGCCUCAAAAGCUUGAGCUCCAUUUCAUUCUACGAUAAUUUCGUCAAUUCGACGCUGCUGGAAGACGACCUCGCCUUGUGUCAGUCACUGGAGCAUCUCGAUUUGGCGCAGAACUACCUCACCGGCGAGCUCCCGAGCAGGCUAGCGGAUCUCCCCAACUUGAAGUACCUCGAUUUGACAGGGAAUAACUUUUCCGGUAACAUUCCCGCGAGCUUCGGCGCGUUUCCGAGGCUCCAAGUGCUCUCGCUGGUGGAGAAUUUGUUGGAAGGAACGAUCCCUGCGUUUCUCGGCAACAUUUCUACACUGAAGCAGCUCAACUUGUCGUACAACACGUUCUCUCCGGGUCGGAUCCCGCCGGAGUUGGGGAACCUCACUAAACUCGAGGUGCUGUGGCUUACUGAGACGAGUUUGGUUGGUGAAAUCCCUGACUCGCUGGGUCGACUCGGUCGACUCACCGAUUUAGACCUGGCGUUCAAUGCGCUAACCGGUACAAUCCCGAGUUCGCUCACUGAUCUGACGAGCGCUGUUCAGCUGGAGCUCUACAACAAUUCGUUGUCCGGCGAGCUGCCGAGCAAGGGAUGGUCGAACAUGUCUGCAUUGCGGCGGCUCGACGCCUCCAUGAAUGAUCUGACGGGUCAGAUUCCCGCCGAGUUGUGCGAGUUGCCGCUCGAGUCACUCAAUCUCUACGAGAAUAACCUGCGAGGUGAAUUGCCGGAAAGCAUUGCUAACUCUCCAAAUCUCUACGAGCUGAGGCUGUUCCAGAAUCAGUUAACCGGAAAGUUGCCUCCCAAUCUCGGCCGGAGGUCGUCGCUGCGCUGGAUUGACGUUUCAACCAACAAAUUUUCCGGCCAGAUACCUGAAACUCUGUGUUCUAAUGGAGCUCUCGAAGAGCUGCUGUUGAUUGAAAAUUUGCUUUCUGGUGGGAUUCCGGCGACUCUGGCAGAAUGCCGGAGCUUGCAGCGCGUGAGAUUAGGGCACAACAGCCUUUCUGGUGAGGUCCCGGCAGGAUUUUGGGGCCUUCCUCACGUUUCACUCCUUGAUCUCGCCGGCAACUCUUUUUCCGGCGGAAUUUCCAAAACCAUCGCCGGUGCGUCUAACCUCUCUAAUUUAAUUUUAUCAGCUAACAAAUUUUCCGGUACGGUGCCUGAUGAAAUUGGGUUUUUGGAUACUUUACUCGAAAUUUCUAUGGAUAACAAUGGCUUCUUUGGAUCUUUACCGAGCAGUAUUGUGAAUCUUGGACAGUUAGUCAAACUUUACGCCCAGAAUAAUGCCUUGUCUGGUAAAAUUCCAAGUGGGAUUCAUUCUUGGAAGAAGCUAAACGAGCUCAACUUAGCAAACAAUCAGUUUUCUGGGGAUAUUCCUGAUGAAAUUGGGGAUUUGACUGUUCUAAAUUAUCUUGAUUUAUCUGAGAAUCAGUUGUCUGGUAAAAUCCCUGUAACCUUGCAGAAUCUUAAACUCAAUCGGCUCAAUCUUUCGAGCAAUCGACUUUCAGGUGAUAUUCCACCUCUUUAUGCCAAGGAGAUGUAUAGAGAUAGUUUUCUAGGGAAUCUGGGAUUAUGCGGUGAUAUUGAGGGUCUGUGUAAUGGAAGAGAUGGAGCCAAGAGCAACAGCUACAUGUGGCUGUUGAGAUCGAUGUUUGUGCUCGCCGGAUUCAUGCUCGUUGCCGGCGUAAUCUGGUUCUACUUCAAGUACAAAAAGUUCAAGAAGGUGAAAAGUUCGAUAGAUAGAUCAAAAUGGACGUUGAUGUCGUUCCAUAAGCUGGGCUUCAGCGAGGACGAGAUAUUGGAUGCGUUGGAUGAAGACAACGUCAUAGGAAGUGGUUCGUCCGGAAAGGUUUACAAGGUGGUUUUAAGCAAUGGCGAGGCAGUCGCAGUGAAAAAGCUGUGGGGACGUUCGAAAACCACAGAUGAUCCGAGCAGCGACCUGGAGAAAGGCGGGAACCAUCAAAACGAUGGUUUUGAUGCAGAAGUCGAUACUCUGGGCAAGAUUAGGCAUAAGAAUAUUGUGAAGUUAUGGUGUUGUUGCACAACCAGAGAUUGUAAGCUUUUGGUUUACGAGUAUAUGCCCAACGGCAGCCUCGGUGACUUGCUGCACAGCACAAAAGCCGGGUUGCUAGACUGGCCUGUAAGGUUCAAGAUAGCCAUGGAUGCCGCCGAGGGACUUUCCUAUUUACAUCACGAUUGUUCGCCUCCGAUCGUUCACCGAGAUGUGAAGUCGAAUAACAUAUUGCUCGAUGCAGACUACGGUGCUCGCGUUGCGGAUUUUGGUGUCGCCACCGUGGUCGAUGCUAACGCCAAGGGCACGAAAUCCAUGUCCGUAAUCGCCGGGUCUUGUGGCUACAUCGCUCCCGAGUACGCGUACACGCUUCGCGUGAACGAAAAGAGCGACAUAUACAGCUUCGGCAUUGUAAUUCUGGAGCUGGUAACCGGCCGGCUUCCGGUGGAUCCUGAGUUCGGCGAGAAGGACAUCGUGAAAUGGGCAUGCACGACGCUCGAUCAGAAGGGGGUCGACCAUGUCAUCGACCCGAAUCUCGAUUCGUGCUUCAAGGACGAAAUAUGCCGGGUACUCAACAUUGGCCUACUCUGCACUAGCCCGCUCCCGAUCAACCGGCCUUCGAUGCGACGUAUAGUUAAGAUGCUGCAAGAGAUCGGCGAUCAUCUCAAAGCUACCGUCGGGAAAGACGGUAAACUCACACCGUACUACUACGAAGUCGCCUCAGACAACGGAAGCGUAGCCUGAUCCCGAUUUGAAAAACAAAACAUCAUCGUCGAGUUUUUUCUACACGGAAACGAGUCGAAAACGAGAAGUGGAGUUGCGAAUGAAGGCAUCACCAGCAUCUACUUAAACAUGUGUUCUUAGUUUAGAUUUAUACCUCGUGUUGUUUGUAAUGUGUGUAAUGUUUGGUACGGUUUCCCGAGAGUGAUGAUGAUGAUUAUAUAAACAUGUGUUUUUUUCUUGCAUCAACCGGGGGAGUUUGUUCGGUCAGAGUCAUUUCUGGUGAGCUGCAGGGAGAUGAUGAUGAUGAUUAUAUAAAUGGUAAAAUUUCUGGA